CUUCCAUGCGGCAAAGACCAGACUUUCCCUUCCAAAAGUAAAAACCAAGUCAAGAGAAACUUGUCCACGAGACCACUUUGGAAAGAGAGAAAGAAGAUAGGGUAAUGGAGAGGAAGGACACGGUCAUCGACGUCUCGCCUUUCUCGCUCAUCGAAGCCACCGGCGAUUCAGAGGCCGACUCCGAUCUGGCCGUGACUCGCAACGAUCCUGGCCUCACUAGUAGCGCGGCAUACGACGGCGGCGGCGACUGCGAGGAUGCGGAAUCUUGCAGCAGCGAGUGGUCUUCUUACGAGCUCUGUAAUAACCACGAUGUUUGGGAUUUAGAUGGCGGGGACACCGUAGCAGGUGGCGGCGCGGACGAGAGCGAUCCGUGGCGGUGGACGGGCGAAACAGGGUACAAUGAACACGUCGAGCAGCGGCGGCGGUGGCUUGAAGGCGAGGGACCGUCUGUUUCGGAGGAAGUCAAUAGCUUCGACAACGACGAGGAGAUCAACAAGAAGCCUAGCGGAAUUGUGUCGAGCGAAGUGCAUCUGAGUGAGACGGAGAAGAGUAGGUUGUUUUGGGAGGCUUGCCUAGCAUCAUAACUUC